AGGCACAAGGUUUGAAGUUUCCAUCUCAACUAAACACAUGUUUUGUUUACAAAAGUUUAUAAAGUUCCAUGGAUAAAAUUGUUUUUAUUAAAUUAUUAUAUUUUUCUAAUUUAUUAUCAAUAAAAUGAAUGACAACAAAGAAUUAAAGAUUGUCCCUACUCGUGCUGCAAUGCUUUUAAAGAAUAAAGCAGUAUUUAAGGCAACUGUAUUUGAAGAACCUAAAUCACAGCCGAAAACAAAUGAGCAGAAGCCAGAAGCCAAUAAACGUGAGCACGAAAAAACUAUUUCUUCAAAUAAUUUGCCAAAGAAAAAAGACGACAUGGAAUUCGACAUUAAGAGAGCACGACAUGAAGUCAUCAACUUUGCUCUCAAUGGAGUGCAAGCCAAGAAUAAAAAGAAAAUGCAAAUAGUCCAGGCAAUUAAACUCGGUGCUAAACCCCCAAAAAAAGCUUGCAAAAACUACAAGGAACUAUUGGAUGAAAAGAAAAGAUUAAAACAAAUUAGAGAAGAACGACAAAAAUUCCACCAACUAGGUAAAAACCAAACUGGUGCUGCUUCGGUAAGAUGUAGCAUACGAAAGAAUGUGGCUGCAGCUAAACAAAAGAAUAACAAAAAGGCUCCAGUUAACCAUAUUUCCAAGAAUUAUGGUGUUGUGAAUCCUAAACUGGGAAGAAAAAAGUGAUGGUUUUUCAAUAAUAAAAAUAGUAACAAGUAAAAUGUAAACAGUAAA